AUGAGCAGUCGUCGCCGCUUUCACAUUCACGUUCCAUUCGUCAUGGCUGCAUCGACAACUUCUUCCCUACCACUGGAAAUUAUGGAGCCGACGACAUCAGGGUCAGCAUCGGUGCCGACGCCGAGUCAACUACUAGUGUCCCCGUCUUCGUCGUCAUCCCCUGUGCGGUCGAUGUUGGGUUCCUCAAUAGCACCUUCAACACCCUCGGAAGUGCCUUUAUCAUCGUCGAUAACGCCCCCGAAAUCGUCUUCAACGCCGACGCCAAUGGCGACACACACACCGUCGCACACGCCAACGCCAAGCGCAGCCCCUAUGUCCAUUAAAGAUGGCAUCUCAGUCAUCUCGCCCUCUUCAGCGUCGUACGAUCCUGGUUUUGACUACGGCUCAGACCUGGACUUUGUCCUUGACGAGGAGGAAGCAGGGUUCGGCUCUGGGCAGGGUAUGGCAGGUGGGAGGGAGGGCAUGGAAAGGAGGGAUCAGAGGAUCGAGCGAUGGUUGGUGCAGCAGUGCCGGUUCUUUGGUGCGGAGGAAAGUUUGGAGAUGGGGACGGGGUUAGGGGAUAAGGGGAAAGGGAAGAGGAGGGAGGAUAAUGCAAGUAGGAGUAGGGGAGGAGAAUGGGUAGGGAGGAGGAGGAGGAGGACCUACAGGGCGAGGGGAGAGGGUUGA